CCUCCAUUUUCUCUUUAUUUUCCCCUUCCUUCCGUCUGUUCUCUCUCUACACUCUCUCUCACUAUCCGUUGGAAACCAAAAGCUCACACAAAACCUCUCUCACAAAUUGUGGAACAUGAACAGAGGGGGGAUUGCAGACCACCACCACCGGUUAUGAAUCCCACCACCGAACAACCACCGCCACCGCCUCCGCAGCCCCACCGGUCCUCCUUCACCUGCGACCGUCACCCAGAAGAGCAGUUCACCGGCUUCUGUCCCUCUUGCCUCUGUGAGCGCCUCACCACCCUAGACCAAUCCUCCGCCGCCGCCGCCUCCUCCUCUCGCAAACCCUCAUCCACCACCACCUCCUCCGCCGCAGCGGCGGCUCUCAAAGCCAUCUUUAAAGUCCCCGGCACAACUACCACCGAACACAACAACAGAAACAAAACAAAACCCUCCUUCUUCCCGGAACUCCGGCGUACGCAGUCUUUUUCGGCUUCGAAAAACGAGAAAAUUUCCGGCGUGUUCGAGCCCCAACGCAAGUCCUGCGACGUUAGAGCUCGGAACACUCUCUGGUCGCUCUUCAACCUCGACAGCGAGCACAAAACCGAAGUAGAGACUCGGAAUCCUGGGUUGGCCUCUUCUUCAGUAGCCGGUCCAGUGUUGGAGUCUAAAGAAGAAGACGAACACGAAGACUAUGACCACGACGACGAUAACGAAAUUAGGGUUUCUGAAGAACCAAAUGUACCAACUGUCAUAAAAGGAACAGCUGCAAAAAUUGUUGAGGAAGUUCAAGAGGAGAUUAAGCCGAUGAAAGAUCACAUAGAUCUCGAUUCGCAACCUAAGAAACCCAUUGCGGUAACUUUUUGGUCCGCGGCUUCUGUGUUCAGCAAGAAAUGGUUCAAAUGGAGGCAAAAGCAGAAGCUGAAGAAGCGAAACACCGGCGGUGAAUCAGCUACAUUGCCGGUGGAGAAGCCGAUUUCGAGGCAGUAUCGCGAGACCCAGUCUGAGAUCGCCGACUACGGGUUCGGACGGCGAUCUUGCGACACGGAUCCGCGGUUCUCGCUUGAUGCUGGACGAAUCUCGUUCGAGGACCCGCGAUACUCGUUCGACGAGCCUAGGGCUUCAUGGGACGGGUACUUGACCAGCCGGACAUUUCCUCGGCUUCCGCCUAUGGUCUCGGUGGUGGAGGAUGCUCCGGUGGUGCAUGUUUCACGGUCCGAUACCCAAAUUCCGGUGGAAGAGCCGUUGAAUUGUGUCUAUGACGACGACAUAGUCCCCGGUGGGUCAGCUCAGACGAGGGAAUACUAUUCAGACUCGAGGAGAAGGAAGAGUCUUGAUAGGUCUAGUUCAAUGAAGAAAACUGCAGCCUCUAUAGUGUCAGAGAUUGAUGAAUUAAAAGGUGUUUCAAAUUCCAAAGUGUCACCUGCAACUAUUGAUUAUUUUCAUGGGACUAAGUUAAUGGGUGGAGAUAGAGAUUUGAGGGAUUCCAAUUCGAAUUCUAUGAGAGAUGAUUGUUCGGAGACAUUUGAGUUGGGUUUUAAAGAUAAUGCUUCAGUUGUUGGAAAUGCUGAACAGAAAGGGUCGAAGAAGUCCCGGCGGUGGAACAUUUGGGGUUUCAUACGUCGUCGCACCGGAGGGAACAAGGAUGAGGAUGAAGAAAAGUGUAGCAGAGUAAAUGGGGUGGAGAGGUCUUUUUCGGAGUCGUGGCAAGACCUGAGGAGGGAAGGAAAUGGGGAUGCAAGAGGAUUUUUGAACAGGAGAGUGUUUAGAAGCAAUAGUAGUGUGAGCUCAAGGAAUUCUUAUAAUGUGGGUGGAUCAUUUGGCAGUGUGAGGAAGUCAAAUGUGGAGGCAAAUGGGAAUGGUAGAAAGGGGAGAGAUGAGUUUGUUUUGGAUCGGAAUCGGAGUGCUAGGUAUUCACCUACCAAUAUUGAUAAUGGCCUCUUGCGGUUCUACUUGACGCCUAUGAGAAGCUCUCGAAGAGGAGGUUCGGGGAGAAGUAGACCGAAUAACUCAUAUUCCAUUGCAAGAAGCGUGUUGCGGCUGUACUGAAAUUGAAGGUCCCUAAGGUACCAAGAUCAAUUUUCAGAAGCUAUGAAAAAGGCAGAUUAAUCAUGUCUUGGACGAGGAAAAAGCUACUUGAAUGAAAUUCAAUAGCAACUUCCAAGUGUCUUAUGGGAGCAAGCUUGAACCGCCAAGAGUGAUUGAUCAAGGUGCAGGUGGUAGAUACAAUCUCGGUACAACGGAGGAUACAAAGCUGAAAACUUUGUUCCACACACUAAGGCUACCGAAUCAGAAUGUGUAGAGUUCAUUUCUAGAGUAACUCAAAAGUCCUUUUCUUCCUAAUUUUAUUAGUAGGUUUGUAUUCUGUAAUCCUAAUUUUGUUAAUAAUGAAGUGGUGAAUUGGUGGAUUUUUUGAAAUGGGAAAAGACAGUUAUUGGUUUUGAUUCCUUUACAUUCCUUGUAAAUCAGUGACAAAACUGGUGGGUUUAUUAUAUACUACAAUCUGUUCAUGUAAUCUAUUGUGGAAUGUAAAUGACAGAUUUGGAACAAAAUUAUUCUUCAUAAAACCUUAGGUUUGCUUUUCUGGACUUUAAAUUGAUUUAG